GGAGAGGUGGGACGAGCCCUUGCGCGUGGGGGGCCGGGCUGUGUCAGGGCGACGCUACGGACUCCUCGCGCUUGAGUCGCCGUGCCCUUUGGAGACAGAGGCGGGGGAAGAGGGCGACUGGGCCACGGCCGGAGCGGCGGGCGGCGCGGAGCCCGCUCCGUGCUCCCCUACCCCCGCGCGCCUCAGUGGUGCUGGCCGAGGGAAGGACUCGCGGCUGCGGGGCUCGCGCGGCUGUCAGUGCGGCGGGGCGCGCGAGCAGCGCGGCUGCGGGGUGGGCUGAGCAGAGAGAAGCUGAGGGGGCGGUAGCGGCAGCGGCGAUUCGCGUGCCUGUGCUCAGCUCCUCACGCCGCGGCCGGGGCCGCCUUCUCCCUCCUUCCUUCCCGCCCCCGAGUGCGGCGGUACCGCCUCCUUCAGCGCCGCGCGGCUUCCUCCAGACCUCCGUGCGCGGGGCCAUCCCUUAGCCUUCUACACACUGAACUGAAACUCAAGCCCUCUCCUUGGAACUCUUCAAAGACUGGAGGAAAUUCCUUAAAACCAGUGGUGAGCUCUGUUCUCAGAGGCAUUUGGUGCUGAUCCUGUAACCCAAAAGAGGAAAUUGCUGCCUGAGAUCAGCCUUGGUACUGGUGGCUACCAUGUCCUUAAAGAUCCAGACAAGCAACGUAACCAACAAGAAUGACCCCAAGUCUAUCAACUCUAGGGUCUUCAUUGGAAACCUCAACACAGCCGUGGUGAAGAAAUCUGAUGUGGAGACUAUCUUCUCCAAGUAUGGCCGUGUGGCCGGCUGUUCUGUGCACAAGGGCUAUGCCUUUGUGCAGUAUGCCAACGAGCGCCAUGCCCGGGCAGCUGUGCUGGGAGAGAAUGGGCGAGUGCUGGCCGGGCAGACCCUGGACAUCAACAUGGCUGGAGAGCCCAAGCCCAACAGACCCAAGGGGCUAAAAAGAACAGCAUCUGCCAUAUACAGUGGCUACAGCUUUGACUAUGAUUACUACCGGGACGACUUCUACGACAGGCUCUUCGACUAUCGGGGCCGCCUGUCACCAGUGCCAGUGCCCAGGGCGGUCCCUGUGAAGCGACCCCGGGUCACAGUCCCCUUGGUCCGGCGUGUCAAAACCACCAUACCUGUCAAGCUCUUUGCCCGCUCCACAGCUAUCACCACCGGCUCAGCCAAGAUCAAGUUAAAGAGCAGUGAACUGCAGGCCAUCAAGACAGAGCUGACCCAGAUCAAGUCCAACAUCGAUGCCCUGCUGGGUCGCUUGGAGCAGAUUGCUGAGGAGCAGAAAGCCAAUCCAGACGGCAAAAAGAAGGGCGAAGGUGGCAGCGGCGGUGGCAGUGGCAGCGGCAGCGGCGGUGGCGGCAGCGGCGGUGGUAGCAGCGGCGGUGGCAGUGGUGCUGGCAGUUCCAGUGGUGGUGGCAGUGCUGGUGGUGGCGGCAGUGGCAGUAGUGGUGGCAGUAGCCGGCCACCAGCCCCUCAAGAGGACACGGCUUCUGAGGCAGGCACGCCCCAGGGAGAAGCACAGGCUCGAGAUGACGGCGACGAGGAGGGGCUGCUAACACACAGCGAGGAAGAGCUGGAGCACAGCCAGGAUACAGACGCGGAGGAUGGGGCCUUGCAGUAAGCAGCCUGACAGGAGUGAUGGCCACCGGCAGGAGAAGGGUGUGCACUGUACCGGGCUGGGCACCCACCCCUGGAUGCCACCCCCAGCGGGUCCCAGAGGAGAGCUGGCAGCAGGCACCUCCUCCCUCCCUCGUCCCAACCAGUGCCACAUUCUCUGCAGGUGGAGUUUUUGGCAUCCCCUCCACACUCCCUUCCUGUUGGCAAUGCCCAGGCCAGAGGGCAGAGCACAGUUUCCCUACACUCUGCCUUCCCUCCCCAGGACACUCCCAGGCUGGGGGUUUUUCUAUAGGUUUGGAGUGGGGCGGGGGAGGGACAGGGAGGAGACCCUGACAAUAAAGAGAUUGGAUCCCAACUUG